AGCGCGCAUUUUGAAAAUCCUUAUCAUACUUAUCCACCGCAGUUUCACCGAAAAGUAUAACAAGUAAGAGUGUUUAAUAUUUUCGAGCAAUAGUAGAAUACAAACCACAUUGAGAAGGAACAAGAUCAAUCGUGGUUCCCUUCUGGAGCGUAUUCUAAACUUUUUAUCCCUACGAUUCUGAAUUUUCUUUUUUUUGAACUUUGAAGUAGUUCACGUUUAUGUUUUUGAGCGACACAAGAACUACUACGCAAUAGAAGUUCUCUCCAUCUCUUUUUCUUCGAGUGAAGUAGUUCAACGACUCCUCGGAUUUAUCUUUCACCAAUUCUAACAAGAACUACUACUAUCAAUUUAGAGUCGUGAGUAGAGUUGUAUUGGAAUUUGUUUUGGAAUUUGUCACUACAAAUUGAUACAAAUUCUACUAAAAGAUGGCGCUGUCUAAGGAUGAGUCUGUGUACAUGGCCAAGCUGGCCGAACAGGCGGAGCGAUAUGACGAAAUGGCGGACUACAUGAGAGACGUACUGUUGAUGAUUUUCUUGUUGAUUUUUUUCACCGAAGGACAGUUUUCUCCUUAGAGCAUGAUGUAAAUCCCCAGAAAGUUUAGAUUUUUGUUGCAGAUUCGAAAGUGCAAAACCGUGUGACAGCUACUUAUGUUCUUCCCAAAAGUAAGUAAAAAUUAAAAUCCGCAUGAGAAGCAUUUUCAGCAUGCAGAUUUGCAUUACAACUUCAAACUCUUUAUCAGGUAUCGAAGGCCGACAGCGGCGAGCUCAGUGUGGAGGAACGGAAUUUGCUCUCUGUCGCCUACAAGAACGCCGUCGGGUCCCGCCGUGCCUCUUGGCGUAUUGAAUUUUCUUUUGCGGUUUCGCAUUGCUACAAGAGUCGGUGUUUUUUUGGGGUGGUCAUGAAGAUGUCCUCUGUGUGUUGUUGUCACGUGCUUGAAGCAGAUUGCAAUACAAACUCCUGCUCAAAAAAUUCUCAGGCAUCAUUUCUUCCGUGGAGCAGAAGGAGACCACUAAGGGGAACACCGAGGCCGCUGCCCGGGCCGCGCAGUACCGAAUGAAGGUCGAGGCGGAGCUGGACGACAUCUGUAUUUUUGUGUUUCUGAUGCAGAAUGUUCAUGUUGCAUAGGAGAGGUAAUUUGUCAUGCUGAUUUUCACACCAGCGGCAGGUCAUCUCCUUAGGCAUUGAUCUAAAAAGCACGGUUUUUUUUUGUCAUGCAAGGAUUGCAGUCUAGAGAGAAUUGUGUAUAGCAUCUACCGCAUGAAAAACACCAAUCUACAGGCGCCAAGAUUCUGACCCUGUUGCAAGACCACCUGAUCACCAAGGAGAGCCCCCCGCCACCGGGCAAGGAAGAGUCCCAGGUAUUUCUACUUAUGUGUAACUGCUCUGUUGCAUGAGAAACUCGAAUAUCGAAUCAAUUGUGUUUUGCAUUUAAAAGUUCCUAUUGUCUUCAGGAGGUGAGCUUGUCAUUCAGAUGAUGCACAUGCGAGUGAGAUGAUGAAUCGGAAAGCUACUCCACUUAUCUAUAAUCCCGCAACACAAAUUCACGAAACGCACUUUCAGGUCUUCUACUACAAGAUGAAGGGUGACUACCACCGUUACAUUGCGGAAUACAAGGUGGAUGCCGAGAAGACCAAGGCCUCCGAGGCCGCAAAGGACGCGUAUUUUGAAUUUUGGAAUUUUUGUCAUGCGAGAUUUCCACGGACGAGCUCUUGCAUAUUAGGUUUUGGCAUGACAAAGCACUACCAGCCAAAAAACGGAAUGAAACAGGUACAAGGCGGCUAUGACGAUCGCCGAGUCUGGUUUGUUGGUUACCCACCCGAUCCGCCUGGGUCUGGCCCUGAACUUCUCCGUAUAGAAUUUUUUGUUUGGGCAGACUCUUUGUUGUUCACCUGCUGCUUGUCGUGCAUGACAAAAUUCCCCUCUCAUGCGGCACGGUACUACAGAUCUAAUUCAGAGGUUUAGAAUGGCAGUGUCAAGGAUUACUUGAUGUACUACCCCAUGCACAGCUCGGCAGACUACAACGAAAGCCAAUUUUACUGAAAAUACUCUCUCAGGUCUUCUACUACGAAGUGCUGAACCAGCCCGAGGAGGCCUGCACCAUGGCCAGAAAAGCCUUCGAAGACGCCAUCGCGGAGUUGGACAACGUGUCCGAGGACAGCUACAAGGACUCCACCCUCAUUAUGCAGUUGCUGCGCGACAACCUCACCCUGUGGACCUCCGACGAGACCGAGGGUUAAGCUGGAUUUUGGAACAAAUAAGAUAAGGAAUAUCAGUCUAGUAGUGUGGUCCCGAUAACGUCUAUCUAUUCUGAAGCAACUUUUCGUCUAUUACAAUGGUGUUUGAGUGACAUGACAAAGUGGACUACUAGGACGAACAACGGCUUUCGCGAUUUUUCGGGUUUUCAGUUUUUUCUCCCCCAAAAGAAGAAACGGAGACUCGAUUUUCGUGUGGCAGCGAUACUAUUACGGUGUAGUACAUGUUAUCGCGCCAGAGUCUAGAUGAUUUGAAGCGACAGUAGUUGAUUUUCAGGGAACCUUUUUUAUGAAAUUUUUGAUUCGCAGCAGGCGCGCCUGUAAUGUUGCACCCAGGACACACGACACUUCUCAAAACCUCAUCGAUGUACUACGCAUCAGGGGUUUUUGGAGUUGUGCGAAGGAAAGUUUACAGAAACGAUGCAAUGGCACGGUGGUUGGUGUCCGCUUGUCGCGAUAUCGAAAGAUUUUUUAUGACGUCUUUUAGUAUAGCUACAUUUACCAAAGAUUUGUUAUUUCAAGUUUACAAGAACAUCUAAAUCGCGAUACUCGUUGCUCAAGAAAUUUGAGUCACAAAAAUUUUUAUCGUUUCUAUUCUUCUUCUAAAUCCUAUAUCAGUCUUCAAGGAGCAGCUAUGCAGAUAUGGCUUCUGAUCGAUAUCUGGCAGCUUUCUGGACUUGAGUUAUUUGUCACAAAUAGCCCAUAUAUUCUUUUAUCACACAUCAUUAAUGUAUUUCUCAAGCAAAGAACUACAAAUAGGUCCGUUUGUACGUAUUUGUUCCCUAUUUAAGUGUUACUUUAGCUUUUCCCAAGAAGUUUUAGUCGUUUUUAGCAAAACACCAAGUUGUACUACCAGCGUCUCUGUCAGUUUAGUCUUUUUCGCAAGAUUCUCUAUUCGGAAUUGACUUCACUGUUUUUUAAUCGAUCUGUGUAUUUGGACUUCGAAAAGUCGAUCCAUAUUUUUACGUAUUCGAAAGAUCUGCGCGAUGAGUCAGCAACAGAUACGUAGAAAUAAUUACACUGGAAACAGAUCACACGCAAUAUCGAGGGUUCGCAAAAGGACUUGGGGAAAACUAUCUCGCUAAUGAGCCACAGAACACGCAACAGUAAAAAGAAUCAAAAACUACUUUUCAGCGGCUAGGCUCCAGAGAUAGGAGCGCAGAUGAAAGAACGACUGGAAUAAAGUCCUGAGUCUCCCGAUAGAAGUAGAGAGCAGCAGCUUGCUUUGCCUGUUGGCGGAAAAAACAUCCUGCGAGAAGUUUCAAGGUCGAGAAAAGAUUCUGCUAGCGUAGUGCGUCUCGGCGGAUGGGAACAGCAGGGAAGCUUCUCAAUGCAGGCAAGGAGUUCCGCAAGAACAGUGCGUCAAUCCAAGUGUACAGCACCACGAAAAGCUAAAAUUCUCUGCCUCUACUCAAAAGACCAUAAAAAUCAAAUACCAAUUGCGUAGUUUUUGGCGCGAAGCUACUGAAAGGUCAAUGCUACCAGGACGUAAUUUGCGUUGAAAGUCUACAACUGGUAGAAGAAUAUCGCCGUACUUUGUGCCUGUGUUUCAAAACAACAGCUUCGAAUUAUAUCUGCCUGAGAAAAAAACACAUCGGAUAGAGGAAAGAAGUGCUUGUUCACUAUAGGCUGAUACUACUCUUCGGCACGGCAGGGCAGAACUCUAGACCUCGCGACACAGAAAGCGGGAGCUGCUUGUCGACUUUUGUGGCAAGAUAGUCUCGCCUGUUGUUCGGCCAGGCUAGUACUGCAAUAACCGCAUUCCUUCCACUUCUCUGAAGAGUGACGACGCUCGAGAGCGACAGAGUCAUUGCACUAACGAGCGGAGGUCGAUGCUCUCACGGAUGGGAACGCUUGUAAAAAUCACACCGCUUUUCUUGCUCGACGCAUAUGAGCGCUGUGAUGAGCAUUGAAAAAUAUCACACGACUAAGAAAAAACUUUGAGGCGUAUAAGAGCUUGGAUAUGGGAGCGAGUUUCUAUCGCUAGGAAAGCGCUGGAGACAAUAAAG